AUGGUUCAAGGGAUUCAAGGGGAGCAGCGUCCUGGGCGGCGGAACUUCUUCUGGCAAACCGUAAGCCACUUAAAGGAUUACUGCGCCAAUUGCUCGCUGGCCGGAUUCGCCUACAUUGCCAAUUCCAGGCUUCAUAUCACGGAACGCGUGUUUUGGCUAGCUUGUGUGAUUAUUUCCUCCUUGGGAUGCUACCUACUGAUCGCGGACUAUCAACGCAGUUUUCCCACUAGAGCCGUAAGCAUUGUGCACGAAAGUCUGCCGCCGUUUACCAAGUGGACUUUUCCCACUGUCGCCGUCUGUGAAUACGUCUAUAAGAACAAAAUGAGUACCAGGAUGGAGGAAUACAUACAGAGCUUGGGCCCCGAUCAUGAAUCAGACUAUAGUUAUAUUGUGGAAAGCGCUAUAGCAGGCAUUCUAUAUCCCCAUUCGUAUAACGAGGGCGCUUAUAAAUCCAAAUGUUCGAUACCCAAGAAAUGCCCAACUUGUGCAGAGUGUCCCAAGAAAAACUAUCGGCUACUGGCCACCAUGUACGGAGGAAAUUGCACAGAGUUUUUUGUAGAGUGCAAGCUUUCCGGGAAACCCUUCGACUGCUGCCGAUACUUUCUGUCGAUGUUUACGCCGUAUGGUCGCUGCUUCAUGCUCAAUUCGCUGCAGAACAAUGAACCUGGCUCGAGGCACUGGCUGCCCAAUAAACUGGAUCCCGCCGACCAGAAGGCCCACAUGCAGUUGGUUACAGUCUCUCCGAUUUACGUGGCUCUAAUGAAUGCAGAGGAUGUUCCGCACACAGGAUUACUACCAACUGGAACUCUUGCCUCGAAGCAGGGCGUCACCAAGGUGUUUUAUUUUAAUCAGAUGAGGAUGAAGAACGAUCCGGAUGUGAGGGAGGUCGAGCCGAAGGUGCGCAGCUGCCUGUUUCCCGACGAGAACAAGCCGUCGAGUCUUUACAGGGUCUAUAGCUUCAACUCCUGCAUCAUCGAUUGCGCCAGGGAGCGGCAGUUUAGGCUGUGCAAUUGCACCUCGUUCCUGAUGAAUCCGGAGGCAGACCCGCGUUUCCCGGACUGCGAUCUGGAGGGAUUCUACUGCCUGGAGGGCCACUCAGCCAUGAGGCCGGAUCAGACGUUGUUGGUUAAGAACAACAAAGAGGGCGGUUGCAACUGCCUGCCCUCCUGCAACGAUGGCGAUAUCAGUGCCGUUUACGAUGAUGUAUACUCGUUUGACAGAAAUGGCCAGUUUUUUAACGUGUCCGUUUCUAUGCCCGCCCCUCCAACGGAUCAGUUUCGCCGGCAGGCGCUUCGUACUCGUCUGGACGUCGUGGUCUCCAUGGGUGGCAUGCUGGGACUCUUCCUGGGGGCCAGCAUCCUCAGCGGUAUCGAGUUUGUCUACUACUUCACUGUGCGUCCCCUCACCAACAUCCUGCAGGCACGCUGA